AUGCCUUCACUGAGAAUUGUUGUCCCUUUCAUUUUUCUGCUGCUUGUUGAUUGGUGCUCCGCAAGACCUCUAUACCCACUCCCUAGCAGGAGAAACGAUAGAAAUAGAAGGCCCCUGCAAACAUUUCGCCCGUAUAACGUUGCUCAUCGAGGUUCAAAUGGAGAAAUUCCUGAAGAAAGUGCUGCUGCAUACAUGAAAGCUAUUGAAGAAGGUGCUGAUUUUAUAGAAGCAGAUGUUUUGGCCACCAAAGAUGGUGUUCUUAUAUGCUCACACGACGUGAACCUUGAUGACACUACUGAUAUAGAUGAUCACAAAGAGUUUGCCGACAGAAAGAGAACCUAUGAGGUUCAAGCGGUCAACAUUACUGGCUACUUCACUGUUGACUUCACACUAGAAGAGCUAAAGUCAUUGCUCUUGAAGCAGAGAUACCCUUUCCGGGAUCAACAAUAUAAUGGUCAGACUCUGAUAUCUGUGCUUCUCUUACUGAUGAAUUUACCUACCAAGUUGACAUGUAAUUCUACGUAA